AUGGCGUCCACCUCGCAGGAGCACCAGCUGGACAGCUUGCCGUACUACGAUACCCCGCUACCUGAGCUACAGCCUGUCAUCAACUCCCUUAUCGCCGUCGAGCUGCGCAACCUUCUCCCCAAGACCCCCUCCUCGAACCCUUCCAACCUCUCGCACCUCGCACCGCCUCGACCACUCCCCUCACCCGAUGCACACCCUUUGCUCGCCUCUGAACUCGCGCGAGUCGAGUCCAAGCGCCCUCUGAAAACCGGCGAAGGGCUCGACACGACGCGGUACGCCAUGCCCUUCCCCUUGGAGGACGAGCAAGAUUCCGUCGAGGCAUGGGAACGGGCGUACCGCUCUUCGCUCGCGCAACUCGAGCACCAACGACUGCGCACAAUGAACGGGACGUUGUUGCAGCAGUUUGGGGCGAACAAGUGGCGCGUCGAGAACUUUGCGCUCGAGAAUGCGAUCAAGCGCGUUGAGGGUGAGGGGGAGGAGGUCAAGGGUGUUGUAGAGGACGUCAAUAGGCGGAGGAAGGCGGAUCAGGAGAAGGCGGGCGAGACGCUCAACAGGCUUGAGAAGCGGUGGACGGAUCUUGUCAGCGGGACCUUGCAGCUCGAGAUUGGAUGCGGCGUCCUCGAGGAGGAGCUCGUCGGUUUGCGGGCGCGGCACGCAGAGUUGCAGCAGAGGCUCGCGGCGACGGCGCAGUAG